GCAUUAUUGUUUUUAUUCUGACGUACAGUUGCAAUGAGCUAUUAAUUUAUAAUUGAAAACUAUUGGCAUGCUUUUACUGCACACUACGGAUGAUCAAGUUGGUUUUGUUUUGAGACGAAGCUGUCCAGUCUUUCUCAGUGAGGUGGUGUUCGGGACUAUCUACUUUGUAUGUGGGUUUAACUUAGGUAAAGUUAGUGAUACUCAUCAGUUAUGCAGAUCUUCGUGAAAACCCUCACGGGUAAGACAAUUACCCUUGAGGUUGAGCCUUCUGAUACUAUCGAAAAUGUCAAAGCUAAAAUUCAAGAUAAGGAAGGCAUUCCUCCUGACCAGCAGCGUUUGAUUUUUGCUGGCAAACAGUUAGAAGAUGGCCGUACUCUUUCUGAUUACAACAUACAAAAGGAAUCUACCUUGCACUUAGUGCUGAGGCUUAGGGGAGGUGCCAAGAAGCGUAAGAAGAAGAAUUACUCCACUCCAAAAAAAAUUAAGCACAAGAAGAAGAAGGUUAAACUAGCUGUGCUUAAAUAUUAUAAGGUUGACGAGAAUGGUAAAAUCAGCAGGUUGAGGAGGGAAUGCCCCUCCGAGCAGUGCGGUGCUGGCGUCUUCAUGGCUGCCAUGGAGGACAGGCACUACUGUGGAAAGUGUGCCUACACCCUUGUCUUCAAUAAGCCAGAAGAUAAAUAAAUGUUUUUAAUCUAAAACCACCGUUAUUAAAGUUUUUAAUAAACGGCUUUUUUUUCUGUUUGUA